GGCGUUUGAAAUUAUUAUGUUGUUGUACACUAGAUAUUAUUUUCUGAGGAUUCCGCUUAAACUAUUGACAUCUAGCAUUGCAGUUAAAUCGUUUAUGUAUUAUCUGACAGCUAUUUUAGACUAAAAUAUUCACAGCUUCCCCCAGUAUUCUCUCUCGUCAUUUAAUUCCAAGAGACAUGAAUCUCAACCGGAGGAAAACAUUUGUUGGUGUUUAUUUCAACAAGAAUGAUUGGGAAAUCGUUCCCAGAAUUUGGCUGCGGCAAGAAAAUUCACGACUCCUGACAUACUGGCCGGAUGAAGGUGACGUUGUGACGCAAGCUAAGGCUUGCGCGCCGGUGCAGCGAAGCUGGCAGCUUUACCCGGUCCAGCAGAUUGUGGAGGCUUCAGGAGACUACUACCGGGCUGAGCGUAAGAUGUGCUUACGGCACAUCACUCAGAAAGAGGCUCACGAGAAAGACUUCUCAGCCCGUCGUGUUAAAAACGAGUUCAGUAUUGUAUCAAGUUGUGGAGACGACAGUUCAAGUACCGAAAUACCACCUUCAUUAGCCUCGAAAAAUUUUUCUGGUAUAAAAAUAGCGCAUGAUGACGUGAACGCUAGACCUGGCCUGCAAGUUGAACUUCCGAGAAGUGAUUGUUCGCCCACAAGACCAAAAGAAAGGCUGAUUGGGGAGGAAGAAAUGCCCUCCAGUAGCCGAUCACCUGCUCCGGUGAUGUCGCCAUUUUCCCCCGUCGAAAAUGAUUCCGCGGCUCAAACUUCAGGUCCAGAAAUGAGCCGCACAAUUUUACAGCGCCUCGACGUCCUGGAAUCUAACCAGAAAAUCAUCAGAAGAAACUUGGAAAGAAUUAUCAGCAUCACAGCAAGCACUAAUUUGCUGGUGAAGAAUCCUUUGGUGCAUAAUAACAUCGGAGGCCUGCAUUCGUCCGUGCGAUCAUUCGAUCCAGCCUCGACGCUUGAUGAGCUAGACCAGCUAUUAGAAGCGCAUAAUAUUAUUGAAAGACUUCGAGGAGAAGAAUUUUCGACAUCGACUGCAACCUUGAAGGCCAUGAUAAGAAAGCUUGUGGCUCGCUCGCUUCUUACGAAAUUCAGUAUUUCGGAACAUGAUCCUCUACUGCCGAAUUCAAAGAUAUGCAUGAGAAGCCAUAAGAUAUACGAUGUACUCUUUGAGGCUCUGGAGCGAACAAUCCAUCGUGGAAUUUCUCGUAGUAAUUUCGACAGCGAUUUGCAGACAAUUUUAUGUCAUGCAUGUAAUCGGAGCAGCAACCACAAGAGUCGAAGGGAGAAGUUAGUUAACACCCAAAGACGCACUUCUUCAGCAUCCGAGGCUUGAUAAUUUUACGGUGUCAUAAUUACCAGUACUUCAGUACUUGAAUAAUUAUUUGUGAAUUAAUGGUUGGUCAAAAAUGUUGCUGGAAAAAUUAUUGAACAGAGUUGAAAGCUAAACCGCGCAGAACCAACUGCUUUUUGCUAAUUAUGUGAUCUAUUCUAUAACGUAGUAACAUUUUUUGCUUCUGAUCCGCGAUUGAUCGGGCCAUUGAGCGCCAGAUGCGUAAUUUAUCAGAGUAGUUUCGUUGACUGAAUUGGAAACUACGCCACUGACACA